AACCCACGCAGGCGGCCGCAAACAAGGAAGCAGGACGCCAUGGUGACGUCCAAGACCAGCACGGUCCAGAAGUUCCCGAAGCCGCGGGGCCGCGCGCCGAAGAACGCGAGCGGCCAGCCCGCGACGUGGGACCCCGACCGCGGCGAGUGGACGGGCGUCGUAAAAAAGACGAAGCCCGACGGCGUGCCGAAGCCCCGGGGACGAGCCCCCCUCGGCGCGACCUGGGACUACGACAAGGGCGAGUGGGUCGGCGGCACGAAGCCGUCGAAGCCCAAGCCGAAGACGCCGAAGUCACCCAAGCCCGCGGGCGCGAAGAAGCCCGCCGCGAAACCUGCCAAAAACGCGAACGACAAGUUUCCGAAGCCGCGUGCCCGCCGCGUCCUUGCCUGAUCGCCGUCGCGUCGCCUGCCCGUGCGUCGCGUCGACGCUAUGCGGUGCUCUUCUUGGGCAGCCCUCCAUUGCUACGGCGCGCCGUCGCGCCGAUGGCGUGGAAGUCGACGCGGCACGCCAUCGACGCGCCGCUUCGGCAGCACCACGACGGUAUCACGCGCAGGCGCGGCCGGGCGCCGCUAGACUCGACGGGCGCGCCGGCCGCCUGGGACAGCGAGACGGGCGUCUGGGUCGGCGUCGCCAAGAAAACGAAGCCCGACGGCGUGCCCAAGCCGCGCGGGCGGGCACCGCUCGGCGCGGAGUGGAACUACGAGACGGGCGAGUGGGAGGGCGGCGCCAAGACGUCGGCCAAGAAGAAGAAGUGA